UACUUAUAACAGAGUGUUUAGGCACUGGUGAAUUUAAGAUUGAAAAACUGUCUUUGUUUUUAUAGAAUUCCUUUUGGAACUUCCCUUGUUUCUCCUCCAAUCUGCUUCCCAUUCCCUCUAAAAAGAGCCAAAAAGUUUCACAUUUUACACGUAUAUUUCCCAGUUAGAAGCAUUUGGCGUGUUUAACGGGCUCCACGUAUGACCGUUAAUAGUCCAUUACAGAAAGGGGAAGGAACGUUGAGGGAAAGAAGUGUAAAAAGUAAUGUCUGGCAUUCAGAGAGCGAUAACUACGGCAGCCACAGACUGUCCUCGACUAAUCAGAUUUGCACUCCAUCCUCCAAAAUAUGUUGAGGUAGAAUUUGCAAACAGAAGCCAGUACAACUUGUCAGCUGAAUAUUUGAGAGUAUUCAGCCCUGCUGUUGAUAGUAAGAUAAGAUCAGUUGGCGGCGAAAAGGUUAUCUAUGGACGGCGUCAUGUGGGGAUCAUGUCUGCAGAACCCGUAGGAAACUACGGGGUAAGGCUUCUUUUCGAUGACCUGCAUAAAACCGGAAUAUAUACAUGGGACUACUUUUAUCAUCUUGGAAGCAAUAAGUUCACCCUGAUGAGAAGCUACAUCAACACAUUGAGAAAACAUGAUCUUAGUCGCGACCCUCGUGCCAAGAAAUAAGGUAUCAAAUGUGGUGUUGGAACAAGAUGUUGCUGUAACCAAUAUGUAGUUUGAUUAGAUUUCUAGGAGAAAAUGCAUGUUUUGAUUCAGGAGUUUUACAUCUGAUCAUUUUGUGCCAAGGGAAGAAAAGACUGGUCGAUGAUUAUAAAUUAAAAUUUUGUAAUUUGUUUUCUAAUUAAAGGGAUGAAACUUGUUAUUAUUUUCUUAUGCGAAUUGUUAGCAAUUAUCAUUUAUGGAAAUACAUGAACACACUUGGUACGAGUAUGGACUACGGAGCAUGUUCUCAAGUUUUAUGUUC